CCUGCCCUGAAGUUGUCUGGAUAGUGUAGGUCGAGUCUGGCUUCGGUGAAUGGGUCGACAUGAGGACGAUUCCCAUUUGAUCAGGUGCUUUACACUCCGUGACAGCAUGUCAGUGUUACAGUUUAACGUUACACUGUAAACGAUGCGGAGUGAUCUGUUGGUCACGCGUGGGUCGUGGGAUCAGUCGUGUCUUACAGGCGGGGAAUAUUAUUAGCCCUUCAGACAACUGUCUCUCUGGUAACCACACAUUCUUAAUGUGAUCUUACUUGAAAUAUAUAUUAAAAGCAUCGCUUUCCAGAGUCGUCUUUGUACUGUUUCUCAUGCCGGCUGUCCUGUACCGCUCCACCUUUCUCUGUCAGCACAGCUAUGCCUCACACUCUCAAAGUACCCAAAAGAUCAACACGUGCAUCUUCAAAACAAAAUGUAAGAGGGGUGAAAGCUUUCAUGACCACAAGGCAAACGGUCAACUCACUUAAAGCUAAUGACUCGGCCACGUUUCGGUGCCAAGAUGAGAUCAGAAAGUCCACAAUCAAGAAACAGGCAGUCAAGAGGGCCCAACGGAGCGCUGUCAGGAAACCUGGCAAGAGGAGAGGAGUCAAGAAUGUCGCUGUUGUCAAAGGAUCCAUGCACACGCGUGGUUCUUUGAAGCGAAAUGGCUUGUUGUCAAAACGUAAUAGCAAAGGGAAGUCACCUGGGAACAGUCUUUUGUGUCAGAGCGUCCUACGGGACGUCGAGUCUUGCAGGAGGCCGGUUAGAGGCGGAAGAGGAGGUCAGAAGAUCAGGGAACAGGAUACUGAUACUAAAAGGUCAGAAGCUCAUGAUGGUCAACAAAUAAGAGCUCUUAUCCCUACUGAAGAGGGGCUGAGCGUUAACAUCAGCUCUGCGGAGGAGCACAGAGAGACUCUUGUUCACAACGCUGACAAGGCAAAGAAGCUGAAAGCAAACUGCUCCGCUCCUCCAGAGCAGCCGAAUGUGGCACUUGUUGAGCCGUGUGACUUUAUGAAUCAUGACCUCGUCAGUAACGUGGACUUUGCCUACGACAACAAUACCUCAGCAGCUCCCUCCUCUUCGCAGGCAGAUAAGUACAUUUCAGGUCAGGCUAAUGAGGUCAACAAAAUCAUUGACCAAUGCACAGACUUUCCAGACAGUUGUGUUCGAACCACUCCAGAGCAUCUUACAGAAGCAGGUGAGGCUGUGGUUUCCCAACUGGGCCAAUCACCCAAAGUACCAGCAGCACUUGAAAACAUUGCAGAUGCUCCCCAGGUGGAACAAAAUGAGCUUCAAAGUACUGUAGAUGUGGACACCAAAGACGAAACUGAUGAUGCUGAAAUGUCAAUGAAGAAAGAGGGAGCUCUUUCUCUCCUCUCGUUGAGCGCAACUAUUUUCAACGGCGCCUUUUGUGAUACGAACUGUGGGCCUCAGGCAACAACAUCUUUCAGCAGCACGGAGAGCACCCAGUCCUCAUUUGACAGAGACUCGAUUCUGGAGCACAGAUCCUCAGGAAACCCUCCUUUCCAAGCUGAGGAUAUCCAGCUGUUUAAAGAGAAGAAAAAGAGAAAUCAUUGUGGAGUUUGCGGUCCCUGCCUGCGCAAGAUGGACUGUGGGGAAUGCAGCAGUUGCCUGAACCAAAAAACGAUCUGUAAACUAAGGAAGUGUAUUGAGCUAAGGAGGAAGCGCCUGGAGAUCUGCACUGGAGAGGUUGACUCAGACGGCUACUCAGUAAAUGGCACAGGUUCAGAGCAGAUGGAGGAGACAAGUGUGGCACCAGAGGAAGAGGCUCAUUACAUAUCCCUAACACACAAUGUUCCACCCGACGUUCCUACGUCUCUACAGCAUGGCUUAAAACCGGCACCUCCUGUAAAGGAGUCCUGGACCGCUCACAACAUCUCUAAAAAUGGUGCUGAACAAAUGAAACCAAACACUGAGAAACAUGUGCGUCAUACUGACCCGCAAGCCAUGUCUCGUAGAACUACGACUUUGUUUAACAAAACCCACGGACCCGAGACGCCUACAGACAAGAUGGUUCCCCUGAAGAAGAUCAAAUUGGAGGAGCAGUGUGUGGAGAUUGAUAACCAGUCCUCGAAGCACUUAGAGACUAGCGUCGACUAUGAGGAUGCUUUAUCCACACUAGCAGCUGUAGUUUGCUCUUCUGGUAUGGAUAGGGAAAGUCUUAAGGAGAAGUUUUUUGGACCCCUAAAAUCAGAGCCAAAAGAAGAACCUUAUCAGUGCCAGUUAAAUCAAGAAGAUCCUCCCCAAAACGGUAAUGUUGUCAGUGUCCGAUCUCUUGUCCAACAUAGGAAUAUUAGCCCUGAUCAGGCUAUGGUUAUCGAGGCCUUGACCCAACUGGCAGCUACCCCACAAACAGUGCCCUUGGAACCCGAAAACCAGAGACAGGGCUCUACGCACUAUGCUUCGAGUGACCACAUACCUCUUCAAGAGGCUAAAUCGGCUUCAGAUGGUUUCUCCAACAAAGUCUCGGUAAUCAGUUCAUCAUUGCACCAGACAUCUGUCAUCCGCAGCACAUUGAACAGACAGGCCAACUUCGCUCAUCACUGUGCAUCCACCCCCAAAAAACUUUCCGUGAUGGAUCUUCUGGCGGCCAGCUCCGAAUGUGAAAAGCUAUCAUAUACCACAGAGAACCGAAGAUACGACCAAGCACUUUGUAAAGCUGACAGGUUAGAAGGCACUUUUAAGAAAUACAAGCAUGGUGAGGGAACGUCUAUCUCGAGAAGAAGGGAUGAAGAGGAAGUUGCUGCCCAGUUGGUGCAACUCGCAUUCAUCAUCGAAUCGAGGCAGAUGCAAGUCUCUGAAAACAGUCCCAUGAAAUACAAUCAGAACUUUUUGGGACAGCACUUGAAAAAGCAAAGGAAGACGCCAUCAAAACCUCGGGUAUCAAAGAAGAAAGCUGGUGAGGUUGAUGGCAAGAUUUCAUUACCCAGAAAAACACCCAACAGACAAACCCCAUUUAAGGCCACCAUUCAAAAAGCCAUUUUGCAACAAAAGAUGAGGUUUCAGCACAAGAGGAGUCCAUUUCUUCCGCAAGCUCAAAUAGAUCUGAAAAAAUAUAUAGCCGAGGCUCAACACGAAAACAGGCAACUCUUAUACUCUAUAAAGAAAGAGCACUUAAGCCCCGCUAAACAGAACGGCUUUAAAUAUGAACUUGAAGCUCAAACUGACUUGGUGGUGUCACAGCCAAAUGGACUCUUACACAAUCGUGCGAACAACCAUCUAGGUGCUAGUCAACUGCAGAGGCAUGAAUGUGAACAACAAAUGAUUUCUCAGGUAUCGAAAACCUACGACGUGCUAAAUCACGGUGCUAAUCGACAGCCUCAGCACACCACGCCCAGCGUUCCCUGUAAAGACUCGCUGCAGAGCACAGGGAUAUACAAUAAAGCAAAUAGCUUUAACCCUGAUCAUCAAUACUUGCGCACAAAUCAAAAUGGGUAUUACAGGGUGGAAAAAUCUGGUGGUGUGACAGUGUUGUCCACACCCACUGUAAAUUUGGAGCACACUGGAGACCAAACACCCACCAAGCAUACUCUCAACAGCUUCUUGGAGUCUCCAAUGAAAUACUUAAACACACCAACCAAGAAUCUUCUCAACACCCCAUCUAAACAACUAACAGAAAUGCCUUCCUGCGACUGUGUGGAGCAAGUUAUUGAAAAAGAGGAGGGUCCGUACUACACGCACCUUGGAUCUGGACCGAAUGUAGCGGCGGUGAGAGAGAUGAUGGAGAGCAGAUAUGGUGAGACGGGCAACGCGGUCCGGAUGGAGGUCGUGGUCUACACUGGCAAAGAGGGUCGGAGCUCACAAGGCUGCCCAAUCGCCAAGUGGAUUAUUCGUCGGGAAAGCAAGGACGAGAAGCUGCUGUGUCUGGUGCGACAACGUGCCGGUCACUGUUGUCAGAACGCAGUGGUGGUCAUUUUGAUUUUGGCCUGGGAGGGCAUCCCUCGCACUAUGGCGGACAAGCUGUACCAGGAUCUCACGCAGACUCUCUGUAAAUAUGGCUUGCCCACUGAUCGCCGCUGCGGCCUCAAUGAAUAUCGCACCUGUGCAUGCCAAGGCCUGGACAAAGACACCUGUGGUGCCUCCUUUUCUUUCGGUUGUUCCUGGAGUAUGUACUUCAACGGCUGCAAGUUUGCACGGAGCAAAACGCCCCGGAAGUUCAAACUACAAGGAGACUACCCAGAAGAGGAGGAAAAGUUGGAGAAACAUUUGAUGAAUUUGGCAACAGAUCUGGCACCCGUGUACAGAAAACUUGCUCCUAAAGCCUUUCAGAACCAGGUUGAGCAGGAGCAGAUGGGUCAGGACUGUCGACUGGGAAGGAGGGACGGUCGACCGUUCUCUGGUGUGACGGCAUGUGUGGACUUCUGUGCUCAUGCUCACAAAGACACACAUAACAUGACCAAUGGAAGCACUGUGGUAUGCACUUUAACCAAGGAGGACAACCGUGCUGUACGGAACAUUCCAGAGGAUGAGCAACUGCACGUCCUGCCUCUCUAUAAGAUAUCUGACACAGAUGAGUUUGGCCGUGUUGAGGGCCAGUGGGCUAAAAUGAAGUCCGGGGCGUUGCAGGUCCUCUCGGCUUUCCCAAGAGAAGUGCGAAUGUUGUCCGAGCCCGCUAAGUCAUCCCGCAAGAAGAGGCUUGAUGCUAAAAGAGCCCAUGCGGAGAAACUUCGAGCUCUGAACAACAAGCGGGUCACCCCUGUGAAAGUGAAGAGCGAGACUCCUAAAGGUUUCAAACAUUCACCAGGUUUGGAAAAGGAAACUCAAAAUCUACGUUCCACCAUUCCUGAAAUAGGAAGCCAAUUUCCAGACUUUCACCCUUCUAGUCCAUACACCCAGAGGAGCUCGUGCCCCACACCUCCUGUGACCUCCAACGGUGUUAUAACCACACAACCCUCCUCACCUUACUCCGCGUUCUGUCAAACCCAGCAUGUUGGAGGCAAUAGUUCUCCAAAACCUGGUCCAGGACUGGAGGCCAUCAGGCAGAUCUUUGCAGAUGCUCCUGAGCAGAAACCAUUCAGAAACCAGCUUUUUUUAAAUUCGAAUUCCCCAAAUCCCUCCCCCUCGUUCAAAUGCGAACCUGAGGAGACUCGGUGCUUCCAGGGCGGGGCGGCUCCGACAUUGCUCUCCCCACCUAUGGCUGAAGGUCUUCAAAGUCGGUUGAACUGUCCCCCUAGAGCUCAGCCAGGCCUUGAGGAUCACCACAACCCACCUGUUACUCCAGAAGACGUUAAAGCGGAGGAGGUGUGGUCAGACAGCGAGCACAAUUUCCUCGACGGUAAUAUAGGCGGGGUUGCGGUGGCUCCAUCGCACGGUUCGGUCCUAAUCGAAUGCGCUCGACGGGAGCUGCACGCGACCACGCCGAUCCUACGACCCGACCGUACGCACCCCACCCGCAUCUCCUUGGUCUUCUACCAGCACAAGAGCCUGAAUGCACCAGGCCACGGCCUGCAACAGUAUGAGGCCAAAAUGGCCGAAAAGGCCAGGGGGAAGGAGGAGGCGGAGCGUGUGGGACUUCAUAAAACUUCAAAGGAUUCCAGUACAGAGAGUGAAGACGAGUACGAGGCUUAUCAGAAUCAGAGACACAAGCUUCAGGUCCCCACCCGUCAGUCGCUUACCGCUACACGGGAUGGCGUCAUUACGUCAGCCCCGUAUUCCCUCACACACGUCACUGGGCCUUACAACCGCUGGACGUGACAUUUUUACAUGCUUUUUUAGCUAAUGCCUUACCUCAGCUAGUUCUCAUCUUAUCACUUCUUUUUAUAUGUGUGUGCCCUCUUUGAGUUGUGCUCUUUCUGUAGACUUUUACAACGAAUCGACGACCGUUUGUGGGUUUUUAACUGUGAGUUUUGGCGUGUACGUCUGUUUUUUUAUUGUUUUAAAAGAUGGUGCUCGGAACAGAUGUUAUAAAGCUGGUUUUAUACGUAUAGAUGAAAUUAGCGCAUAGAAGAUGUGAUUAUUUAUUCUGAUCAGUUUCAAAACUAUUUUGUAAUUUAAUUUCUGGUCCAAGCCUGUUUACUGCAAUAGGAUUAUGUCAUCCUUUAAAUGACGUGUGUAGUAAACACUCCGAAUUGA